AUGGAGACAGUCAGCACCAGCGUAGGUGGAGAUUGCUUCUGUCUUUGCUAUGAUGCAAAUAUGAAGUGCGUGCAUGGUCUGAAUGGAAGAGGUGGGUCUCCAAGGGCGCUGACCUUUGAGCUCGUGAAAGAACAAGGGUUUGAUGAAGCAAGUCCUCUCCCUCCGCGUCAUGCCCAUACUAUGACAGGGCCUGCUGCAGCAGCUGCCUGGUGUGAUGCUGUUUCUCUGCUUGGAAGUAAGAAGCUCUCUAUCAGGCAGCUGCUACAGCCUGCUAUUGAACUGACGGAAAGAGGUUUUCCUGUGGCAGAGAUUACUGCCCGUCACUGGAAAUGUGAUGCUCAUAUUCUCCAGUCGCUUGGGAAUAAGCAUGGGAAGGAGUUACUCAUUGAUGGCCAAGCACCACUGCACAGGCAGGUUUUCUCCAAUCCCUUUUUGGCUAACACUUUUAAGUUCUCCCUCUUCGUUGCAGCAGAGGAGCAGGGAAGUUUACCCAGCUCCUUUGGCCAGACCGCUCACGCGAAGGGCGUCCCCCUCGUCCUCCUGCCUCCCCUUCCCCUGGGCCGUCUCGUGCUGGGCCCUGCGGCUCUUUGCGCGCGCGAGGUCGGCAGGAGCUGCGGCAGCAGCGGGGUUGCUCUGAGCUGGCAAGAUAAUGGCAAAAGGGGGUUUUAUGGAGGUCGGAUUGCAGCUACUAUUGUUGAAACAGUUCAGAGACAUGGAGGAGUGAUGGAUUUAGAAGAUGUUAGAAGCCACACCACCAAUGAAGUCAAACCAAUUUUCACAAAUUGCAGGGUAUGCGGACAAUUCCUUCCCCGCAUGGAUCAUAAUACAGCUGACUACUUGCAUGUGCUGACUGAGGCCCUGAAACUCAGCUUCACUGAUGCUUUCUCAUUCUGUGCAGACCCUGAUAAAGGUCUGGUACCUACAAAAGAACUUCUGUCCAAAAGCUAUGCUAAAGAGUGUUCUUGACUAAUACAUUUACGAAGAGCCAGUUACAAAUUCAGUUCUGAAAAUGUUUUGCCAUUAGGAACAGAUAGAGUGUCCUUCACUGUGGUGGAUCCUCAAGGCAAUGCCUGUUCUUUCAUCAACAGCAACUACUUGGGCUUUGGUACAGGCCUGAUGCCAGGUGGCUGUGGAUUUGCUCUGCAAAAUAGGGGAGCUAAGUUUUCCCUCUGUAGCAGCCAUCCAAACUGCCUUGCACCAGGGAAAUGUCCAUAUCACACUAUAAUUCCUGCCCUAGUGACGGCUGCAAACAGUGAGGAACUUCUGUGCUCCUCCGGAGUGAUGGGAGGGUUCAUGCAACCCCAAGGACAUGUGCAGGUGCUACUAAAUAUGUUGAAGUUUGGGAUGAAUCCUCAGCAAGCCUUGGAUGCAGCCCGGUUUUGUUUGAACUAUUCCAAGGAAGAAGGCAGGUGGCAUCUGUCACUUGAAGAUGGUAUUUCACAAGCUGCUGCAGAAGACUUGAGAGCCACAGGUCACUGGAGCCAGUGGCCCAUCAGCGGGCACAGCAAGAGCCUGUUUGGUCGUGGCCAGGUUAUCGCUAAAGGGUGGUGGCAAUCUGGGGACUCUCUGUCCUCCAGGCACUUGCAGAAUGUUCUGUGGGCAGGAUCUGCCCCCCGAGGCGAUGGCUGUGCAGUGGGGCACUAGUCUGG